UUAUCAUAUCCGUCACCACUUUCAUUUCAUCACACUCUCUCUCUCUCUCUCUCUCUCUCUCUGAUCCUUCCCUGUUCGGAUUCGUCGCCGGAGCUCCCUUUUUCCGGUCAACUCGGGCGAUCUCCGUCAGAUGACUCACCGUCUUGAUCCUUCCGGAGCCCAGUUUCUUCUUAUUCCGGCCCAAUCGACGGCGCACUACCUCGCAGGUCUCUGCUUUUUUGGGUCCUCCUCGCUGCGGAAGUAUUCGACUUUGGAGCAGCAGGGGCUGAUUCGAAUCGAGGGCUUUCAAUUCCAUGCUUAGUUAUCUUAGCUAGGACUGGCGGUGAUUGUUAGGGUUGCGGCGUGUUUGAGGGAAUCAUAUUCGCGUUGAACCAUGUUUAAGAAAAUCAUGAAGGGAGGGCACAAGAAGCCCUCCAAACACGACGGUGGUGAUGCGGCCUCGUAUGGGUAUAAUCCUGCGGCGGGGAACCGGAACACCGCCGGGGUGUCCGGCUCCAAUGUGACCGUGAACCACGCUUCGCGAGGUGGGGCGGGGCCCAACUCGAUGCCCGGAGGGCCUGCAGCUACCAUCGCCAUGGCCCCGCCAUCGGGCAGUAUUGACCCACUUCCGAACUUCCGGGAUGUCGCCGUCUCGGAUCGUCAGAACCUGUUCUUGAGGAAGUUGCACAUAUGUUGCUACCAAUUCGAUUUCUCAGACACCUUGAAGUCGGCCCGAGAGAAAGAAAUCAAGAGGCAAACCCUCCUCGAGCUGGUGGAUUUUAUCCAGUCCGGGUCGGGGAAAAUCACCGAGCAGUGUCAGGAGGAGAUGAUUAAGAUGAUCUCGGUGAACAUCUUCCGGUGCUUGCCUCCUGCUUCCCACGAGAAUACGGGGCAGGAAACCACUGACCCGGAAGAAGAGGAGCCGUAUUUGGACCCUUCUUGGCCUCAUUUGCAGCUUGUUUAUGAGCUGUUGCUGAGGUACAUUGUUUCCUCGGAUACAGACACGAAGGUUGCAAAGCGGUACAUUGAUCAUUCGUUUGUGCUGAAGCUGCUCGAUUUGUUCGAUUCGGAGGACCCCCGCGAGCGGGAAUAUUUGAAAACAAUCCUCCACCGCAUAUAUGGUAAGUUCAUGGUUCACCGCCCUUUCAUUAGGAAAGCAAUCAACAACAUCUUUUACCGAUUUAUUUAUGAGACGGAGAGGCACAGUGGUAUAGGCGAGCUUCUGGAGAUUUUAGGGAGUAUAAUCAAUGGGUUCGCACUCCCGAUGAAGGAGGAGCACAAGUUGUUCCUUGUGCGGGCUCUCAUCCCACUGCACAAGCCUAAGCCUAUCGCAGUCUAUCACCAGCAGUUGUCUUACUGCAUUACUCAGUUCGUUGAGAAAGAUUAUAAGCUCGCGGAUACAGUUAUAAGGGGCUUGUUGAAGUACUGGCCUGUGACAAACUGCCAGAAGGAAGUUCUCUUCCUCGGAGAACUGGAAGAGGUUCUAGAGGCAACACAAGCAGCCGAGUUCCAACGAUGCAUGGUUCCUCUGUUCAGACAGAUUGCCCGGUGUCUAAAUAGCUCUUUUCAGGUUGCGGAACGGGCCCUCUUCCUGUGGAACAACGAGCACAUCGUGAGCCUGAUAGCCCAGAACCGGACGGUGAUACUGCCCAUCAUAUUCGAGGCGCUCGAGAGGAACAUGCAAGGCCACUGGAACCAGGCGGUACACGGGCUGACCGCGAACGUCCGGAGGAUGUUCAUGGAGAUGGACUCAGAGCUGUUCGAGGAGUGCCAGAGGCAGUACGAGGAGAAGCAAUGCCGGGCUGGGGAGAUGGAUGAGCAGCGCGAGCUGAUGUGGAAGAAGCUCACCGACGUCGCGGCACAGAACGAUGACAUGGUUCUAGGCUAAAUUUGACUCACACCGGGAGAAGGAUCCGUUAAGGGCCCUCUCAAUUUUUGUUCCCAUUCAUUUCUUCUUUUCUGUUGCCUCUGUGUUUUUUUUUUCCCCCCCUUUUUUCUUGGUUAAUACGCUGAAAAAUUGAGUGAAAAGAGAAAAUCAGAUAAAAGUGUAGGCACGAAGAUGAAUAUGUAAGAUUGCAACGGUCGAUAACGGUGAUUUGUGGGUCCCACUGUAACUGUUCCUCAGUUUUUAAUUUUAUUUAUAAAGCUGUUGCUUAGUUUCCCCCUUCAAAUGGGAA